AUGGGUAUAACAUCAUCGACUGAACAAAAAGAUAGUCAGUAUGCAAACCAACAGUCGACUACUGGAAGAGGUAGAAGUUCAUCAACAAACUCUUCUCCAAUGUCAACAGGAUUGAAUACAAGACAACAACAACAACAGCAGCCACAACAACAAACACAAUAUCACCAUGUACCUCCACCUUCACCCAAUACGAUUGGAGCAGGUAAUAAUUCUCGGUACUCUCCUAUACCAAGCUUUACAAGUAGUGGAAGCAAACAGAUACAACAGAAUCCUAUCAAAUCACCUAAUCAACAGAGUCAACAACAACAACAACACCCUUCAUCCUAUACAGCCACCACUUCAACCUCCAAGUCACAAUACUCCUCAAGUCAUACUCCAUCUACAAAUACCACUCCAAAUAGAUUCAUUCCUAUGGGAUCAACUCCUGCAACCUCUGAAUUUAAUGUAUUAAUGUCACCACCAUCAUCACCAUUAUCGGGAUCGAUUGGUAUACCAAAUACACAAGAAGUGGUACCAACAGUAUUUACAUGGGCUGGUGGAGGCAAGGAAGUCUUUAUUGCAGGUUCAUUCAACAAUUGGAAGGAAAAGAUACCAUUGUCACACAGCGAGAAAGAUUUUACUCUUAUUUAUAACCUUCCACCUGGAGUACAUCAAUACAAGUUUAUCGUCGAUGGCAAAUGGGUACAUUCAUCUGAACAACCAGUUGCUGCCGACACUAAAGGCAACUUGAUUAAUUUCGUUGAAGUCAAAUCAAAAGAUAUAUCAAAUGAAUUGAGUAAUUUUAAAAUUUCAUCAACACCACCAGGAUCAUAUAGUAAAAAUGUACCAGAGGAAGAAUUUCAAAAGAUUCCUCCACCAUCUUUACCAGCACAUCUUCGUCGAGCACUUUUAAAUACUCAACCAUCCACCGAGGAUCCAACUCUUCUUCCACUUCCCCAUCAUGUUAUGCUCAAUCAUCUCUAUUCACUUCCACGAAAGGAUAAGGUAACCAUUCUAGGUGUAACACAUCGAUACAAGACCAAGUUUGUUACCACUGUACUUUAUAAACCUGUUCAUGAACCAACUGAAACAGAGGAACCCGAUGACCUCGAGUUAUUAAGAAAAGAAGAGAAUAGAGAUUUAUUCAGAUUAGUAACCGAUAGUAAAGCUCAAUGGAUUUAUGAAGUAGAGUACGCAGGUGCAGGAUGUACAGGUUUAAUUAAUAGAGUGACAGCAUUUUAUGAUGGACAGUGUUAUGCUGGUGGUUCCGAUUUUUGGUGGUACUCUACAUCUGGUGGAACUCCAACCUUUAGAAUCUCAUCAGGCGGUUGUUUUGCAGCUGCUCAAUACACCUUUCCCUAUACAUUCAACGCAUGUAAUAGUGGAAACAUGAUGGUCAUAGCACGUACCGUACCACCCAUUCCAAUGACCGGAGCACUUGGUUUCGAACGAAUUUCAUCUCCAAACCCAUCGGCCGAUUGUCUAAACUUCCAAAACGAAAGAAACAUUGAUAGAAUAGGUGCAUGUGUCAUGUUACCAUCCAACAGAGGUGCAGGUAUCUACACCAAGGCAAUUGCCAGCCCUAAUAUCGGAUUUGGAUUUUUUUAUGUCAAUUGUCCUACUAUUAUGGGUUCCACCCUUUUUACUUCACCAAUGACUUGCUCAAGUGUCGAUGGCGGGUUCACCUAUGGACAGGUGUUCCCAGCACUGUCUAUAUCCUCAGUUGCCGCAUCCAAUACUCUUACCGAUGUCUCAUUGAAUGGUUUCUCGUCGAAUAUUGGUGGCUCCACCUUUUUCUAUACUGCCAUGCUCAGUUGUCCAGCCGGUCAAUUCCCAAUGUCCGUCACGAUCAACCCCGCCACACCAACCGCCGCCAUUGCCAUCCCUGCAGCCACCAGAGGUCAGAGUUGCGUAGUCGUUGUAUCCGCCAAUGGAGACCCAAUAAUGUCAGGUGUUGGUGUAUCAGGUCAAUCAGCUGCCUUUACCAUUCCACUUCUUGCAUCAAUGUCAUCAUUAACACCAGGAACUGUGACGACUAGAACCAUUUCAUUUAGUUAUUCAAGUAGUACCGGUGGUACUUAUACAGUGACUGUUGGUGGUAACACUUAUCCUGGGUGUUCAGCUACAACUACUUGUACUGCUACUGGUUUGACUCCAAACACACUAUAUACUGUCAGUGUUACCGUCACCAAUGCUGGAACGACCUCUGCACCUUUAAGUUAUUCCGCAACCACAGUCAAUGUUAUUACAACCCCGUCGAUCGCAAUCACUGGUCAGACAAGCACAUCGAUCUCUGUAUCGUACCCCGUAACCCGUGGUUAUGGAGCAACAACCUACCAACUCAGACUCAACACAGUCGUUCAAGCUUCAUGUACAACUUCAUCAUGCACACUCUCUGGUCUUGUCUAUGGAACUGUGUAUACUAUUUCAGUGACUGCAACCAAUGAUGGUUAUUCUGCUACUUCACUUGAUUCAGUUACAAACUUUUGGACUUUACCAACAAUCGGAGCAGUUAAUAUAUUAAAUUAUGGAACUACAUGGGUAUCAUUUGGUUAUUCAUCAAAUAAUGGAAGAGUAAUUGGUGCCAAUACUUUUGCAAUUCGUGUUAAUGGAGUUCUAAGCUCCAACGCUACUUGUUCAUCAUCUACUAGUUGUUAUGUAGGUGGAUUGACAGCAGGUUCAACACCAUCGAUUAGUAUCCUCUCUACCAAUAAUGGAGAAACAUCAGCCACACCAGGUACAGCAAGUCAAAAACUUUACAACAGUGUCAACACUCUUACAGUGACACCAUCACUACAAACCAGUUCAUCAUUUAGAGUAUCAUAUUCAAGUUUAGAAGGUAUCCCAGGUCAAACAUCCUACCAAAUUUUAAUUGAUGGAGCUUCCAAUCCAAAUUGUCCAACUACUACUACUCAAGGUGGUUGUACAUUGACAUCCAUGGCCUCUAAAACCUACAAUGCUACAGUCACUGCAACAAAUGAUGGUCUAGUACUCGUAAAAACUAUUAUGGUUCUUGUUACUGAUUUCCCAACAAUGAAUCCAAUAGUAUUGGGUGCAAUAGGUACAACAUGGGUUGAAUUUACUUAUUCUUCUAAUGGUGGUACAGCUGGAGGUAACUCUUAUACAGUUAAUGUUGCUGGAUCAGAUAUCGCAACAGCAUCAUGUAAACAAGGACCAUAUUGUAAGGUCAUUGGAUUGGCACCUGGAUCUUCACCAGCCAUUUCAAUUUAUGUUACCAACAAUGGAGAGAAUUCCAUUCCCGCUUCGAAAACUGCUACUUUGUAUCAACCAACAUCAACCCCAACCAUCACUCUAACAAGGGUGUCUACAUCGACACUUAGUAUUUCAUGGGUCGAGCAUAAUGGUGUUCCAGGACAAUCAUUAUUUGAUGUUUUAGUAAAUGGAACAAACAUUUGCACCAACAUUGCCACUACCACUUGUCAAUAUAAUUCGGUCGUUGAUGGAAUAUAUUACAACAUUACAACUAUUGUUAAAAAUGAUAACUUUGUAUCAUCAAAUUCAACAACCUAUUUUUAUCCUCUCGCAAUAAUGUCAUCAUUAACACCAGGAACUGUGACGACUAGAACCAUUUCAUUUAGUUAUUCAAGUAGUACCGGUGGUACCUAUACAGUGACUGUUGGUGGUAACACUUAUACUGGAUGCUCAGCUACAACUACUUGUACUGCUACUGGUUUGACUCCAAACACACUAUAUACUGUCAGUGUCCUUGUAACAAAUGCUGGAACAGUCUCUUCUCCAUUGACUUAUUCCGCAACCACAGUCAAUGUUAUUACAACCCCGUCGAUCGCAAUCACUGGUCAGACAAGCACAUCGAUCUCUGUAUCGUACCCCGUAACCCGUGGUUAUGGAGCAACAACCUACCAACUCAGACUCAAUACCGUAGUUCAAGCUUCAUGUACAACUUCAUCAUGCACACUCUUCGGUCUUGUCUAUGGAACUGUUUAUACUAUUUCAGUGACUGCAACCAAUGAUGGUUAUUCUGCUACUUCACUUGAUUCGGUUACAAACUUUUGGACUUUACCAACAAUGGGAGCAGUUAAUAUAUUAAAUUAUGGAACUACAUGGGUAUCUUUUAGUUAUUCGUCAAAUAAUGGAAGAGUAAUUGAUGACAAUACCUUUGCAAUUCGGGUCAAUGGAGUAUUGAGUACCAACACUACUUGUUCUACUUCAACCAAUUGUUAUGUUGGUGGAUUGACAGCAGGUUCAACACCAUCGAUUAGUAUCCUCUCUACCAAUAAUGGAGAAACAUCAGCCACACCAGGUACAGCAAGUCAAAAACUUUACAACAGUGUCAACACUCUUACAGUGACACCAUCACUACAAACAAGUUCAUCAUUUAGAGUAUCCUAUUCAAGUUUAGAAGGUAUCCCAGGUCAAACAUCCUAUCUACUUUUAAUUGAUGGAGUUUCCAAUCCAAAUUGUCCAACCACUGAAGGUGGUUGUACAUUGACAUCCAUGAUCCCUAAAACCUAUAAUGCUACAGUCACUGCAACAAAUGAUGGUUUAGUACUCGUAAAAACUAUUAUGGUUCUUGUUACUAAUUUCCCAACAAUGAAUCCAAUCGAAAUAGGGGCAAUAGGUACAACAUGGGUUGAAUUUAAUUAUUCAUCUAUUGGUGGUACAUCAGGAGGUAAUUCUUAUACAAUUAAUGUUGCUGGAUCAGAUAUCGCAACAGCAUCAUGUAAACAAGGACCAUAUUGUAAGGUCAUUGGAUUGGCACCUGGAUCUUCACCAGCCAUUUCAAUUUAUGUUACCAACAAUGGAGAGGAUUCAGAUACCGUAUCUGAAACUCCUACUUUGUAUCAACCAACAUCAACACCAACCAUCACUCUAUCAAGAGUAUCAGAAUCAGUUCUUAAUAUUUCAUGGGUCGAGCAUAAUGGUGUUCCUGGCCAAUCAUUAUUUGAUGUUUUAGUAAAUGGAACAAACAUUUGUACCGACAUUGCAGUUUCUAAUUGUUUAUACAAUUCAGUUGUUGAUGGAGAAUAUUUCAACAUUACAAUUAUUGUUAAAAAUGAUAACUUUGAAUCAUCAAACUCAACCAUCUAUUAUUCUCAUCCUCCAACAACAUCUGUUAUAGUAACAGCAAUUGGAGAAACCCAAUCGAUUUAUAUAAAUUGGACAGAAUCAAGUGGAGGUGUACCAGGUGAAACAAAAUACAAUGUAUUCAUGUCUGUUGACAAUGAUCAUUGGGCUAAUGUUUGUCUUGGUAGUUUGUUGAACUUUUCAUGUUUGGUUGAUGACCUGCCAGACAAUACAUUCUACUAUGUUAUGGUGACUGUCGAAAAUACAGACUUUGAAGUAUUACAAACAGUGGCCAAUGCUACAACUCUACCUUUUAACGGUACUAAUCCAUGUAGAUCAAACACAACAUCAACCGUUGAUUGUUCAGGUCAUGGAACUUGCCCUAAUCAAGAAUGUCUUUGUGCUGAUGGCUGGGAUGGUCGAUAUUGUGAAGUUCCAACCGAUGGUGGAGGAGAUGGUGGAGGAGGUGUGAUCAUUACACCAAAUCCAUCAAACCCAGGUAUUGAUAUUGAUAAAGGAGGUGUAAAGUAUUCAUUCACAAUUAACAAAUUAUUGGAACGUGAUUUGGAUAUGAAUGUGACCAAGGUAUUACAUUUGACAUCACUCACAUGGCAACCAGUCCAACAACUCAACACGACACUUGUACAUCCAACCAACAAUGGCUCGGUGAUCAGACGAUCAUGGACGUACACAGCCAUCAAUGCAACCAACUAUGCUGCCAAGAUCAACAUUACCUUUAUCCAACUCGAAGCAAUCCCAAAUGUAACCAUUGGAGAUUCGUAUCCAAUUACUUUUGCAGGUGACCAAUUCCACCUCAAGAUUGGAUCAUUCAAGUAUUCAAUGGAGAUGUCAAAAUGGAAUUUCGGUAGUUUGUUAUCGACCCUAGAGUUGUGGACCAGUAUCAAUGCACCAGUAGAAGAGUGUGGUGGUGUUAAUAGUCCCGUUGAAAUGGUCAAUGGUACAAAAUCCAACUUUAUCAAUGUUGGACAGGCCAAUGGCAAACUUUUGUACGGACGACUAGUCAACAGAGUCAUGUUGGAUUCAAUCCCUCGCGCAGUCGGUCACUACAUCUUGCAAGAGUCCCCCACCAAUACCUCUCUUGUCACAGCCAUCCCAUACUUUGGCAACCAAGUCGAGAUUGAUCCAAACUUUUCAAUGUUACUUGACACUGCCAAAUUAUCGGAACAACAAGACAAGUGCUCCAAAUCCGACGACCCCUGGCGUAUCAUUGUCGGUUGUGUAGUUGGUGGUGCAGCUGUCGCAACUGCUGUAACUGCUGGAACACUGUUAUACAAAAGAAAACUUCGUAUUCAAAAACAAGAAACAACUUUAGCUAAAAAACUAUCAGCCAUUAAUAAUGGUAGAUAA